AUGGCCGGUCUUUCAUUUGACAACUAUCAGAGAAACCAGUAUAUAUGUGCCAAGGGCCAUGCCCAGCCCAAGGCUACUUCCACCGGUACAACAAUCGUCGGAUGCAAAUUCAAUGGCGGUGUUGUCAUUGCCGCCGAUACCAGAGCCACCGCAGGCAACAUUGUGGCCGAUAAAAACUGUGAGAAACUACACAGAUUGGCGCCUAGAAUUUGGUGCGCGGGCGCAGGUACUGCUGCCGACACAGAGAUGGUUACUCAGUUAAUUGCGCUGAACUUGGAGCUUCAUGGCAUGUGGAACGACCGCCAACCUAGAGUCAUCACGGCUUUGACCAUGUUGAAACAGCACUUGUUCAAGUAUCAAGGUCACUUGGGUGCUUACUUGAUUUGUGCUGGUGUAGAUCCUACCGGUGCACACUUGAUGUCUGUACAAGCACAUGGAUCCACCGAUAUUGGCGAGUACCAGUCUCUUGGUUCUGGAUCCUUGGCUGCCAUGGCCGUGUUGGAAACCAAAUGGAAGCCAAACAUGACUCGUGACGAGGCUGUUCUGUUAUGUGCAGAGGCUAUUGAGUCGGGUAUCUGGAAUGACUUGGGUUCCGGUUCUAACGUUGACGUUUGUGUGAUGGAGGUCGGCAAGGAUGCUGAGCUACUCCGUAACUACUUGACUCCUAAUGUCAGAGCACCUAAGGAGCGCUCAUACAAAUUCCCUCGUGGUACCACUGCCAUUCUUAGGGAGAGCAUUAGGGAGAUAGUGGACGUUGAGGAGACGGUUAUUGAAUUUAACAAACCAGAAGCUAUGGAAGUUGAUGCUUGA